UAAAAGAAGCUCUCUUACACACUGACAUUGAACAGUACAAUACAAUAAUUCCCCCAAAAAAUACUUAUGAGUGCCUUGCCAUGUCUUCAUACAGUAGGACGGAAGCGCCAGGCCCUGCAGGUGGCAACAGGUGGGCCAUCGGCAAAGUUAGCCAUUUUCAACCAGUCACCUCUGGCUGGUGGAGCCUCCGCCCCACCCAGCCCUGCUGCUCCACCAAGCACUGCUGCUCCACCAAGCCCUGCUGCUCCACCAAGCCCUACUGCUCCACCAAGCCCUACUGCUCCACCCAGCCCUGCUGCUCCACCCAGCACUGCUGCCCCAUCUCAGCAGGCAUUUCAGAGUGUACACAGCCUGCUGAGGACAUGCUCUGGGCAUCAAAGUGUAAGAUACCAGAUAACGGUGGAGGAGAUCAGGAGGAGGACUGCUCUCCCUGAGUGCAUGUCUCUUAACACCCUCACUGCGCUCCUGAGGACCAAUAAGAAUCUGAAGAGGGACCUCAGGCAGCAGCUGCAGGAGGUCGGGGUGACUCCGGGCACCGUCACCCAAGUCACUUCACUGUGCUCAAAGCUGUCGGAGGGCGAAGCCAAGGACCUGUGCUCCUCUGUCGGUGCUCUGGCUGCCAGGAGCCUCAGAUUUAAUGAAGUGGCCAUGCUGCCUGCCUCAGACCCCACUGUGGCCACAGGGAGAGCCACGGAGUUCAAACAACAGCUCCAGCACCUGGCCGACCAAGUAAGGUGUAGUGAGCAGUUCAGCCUCCUCACUCACACCUUGGGGCCAGGAAUGGUAGAGGUGGUGGUGGAUGUUUUACACAAGUGCGUUGACACACACAUUUCAAAUGUUAGCAAUUAACAAUUUGUUUCUGUUCUGUUUGUUGUGUUAAUUAAAUAACUUGAUGUUCUUCA